GUUUGAUGAGAAGGCAUUACCAGACACAUGCUCACUAACAGUUGCUGCUGCUGCACUCACCACAAGGAAGAGAGCCUGCUCAAAGCUACCUCGAAGGCUCGCUACGUCAAUUGAUUGCACCCCGCCGAGCCCACCCAGUGAUCGCCCGUUAUUCCCGACCCCUCUAACGGUUUAUUUUCUUCUCUACUGUGGUAAACUCGAGAGCUCAAUUGAUAUUCCACAUACUCACAAUUCCAUUUGCAAUCCUAUUCUUACCCUGGAUAUCCUCCCAAGAUGUCUCUGUCAAACAAGCUCGCCAUCACCGACUGCGACCUCAAGGACAAGCGAGUCUUGAUCCGAGUCGACUUCAACGUUCCACUCGACGCGGACAAGAAUGUCACAAAUAAUCAGAGAAUAGUCGGAGCCCUCCCUACCAUCAAAUAUGCUGUCGACCACGGUGCCAAAGCCGUCAUCCUUAUGUCCCAUCUCGGUCGUCCCGAUGGAAAGAAGAACCCCAAGUACAGUCUGAAACCUGUGGUGCCGGAGCUCGAGAAGCUACUAGGAAAGACCGUCAUCUUCACUGAUGACUGUGUCGGACCCGAGGUGGAAGAGACGGUCAACAAGGCUAGUGGUGGCCAGGUCAUCCUUCUCGAGAACCUGCGUUUCCAUGCCGAAGAGGAGGGCAGCAGCAAAGAUGCAGACGGCAAAAAGGUCAAGGCUGACAAGGCCGAUAUUGAGAAAUUCCGCAAAGGCUUGACUGUCCUUGGAGACAUCUACAUCAACGACGCCUUUGGAACUGCCCACCGUGCACACAGCUCUAUGGUCGGAGUCAACCUACCACAAAAAGCUUCCGGGUUCCUGAUGAAGAAGGAGCUCGACUAUUUUGCUCAAGCACUCGAGAACCCCAAGCGACCUUUCCUCGCCAUCCUUGGCGGUGCCAAAGUUUCCGACAAGAUCCAAUUAAUCGAUAACUUGCUAGACAAGGUCAACAGCUUGAUCAUCUGCGGUGGUAUGGCAUUUACCUUCAAGAAGACCCUAGAAGGUGUCAAGAUCGGCAACAGCUUGUUCGACCAGGCCGGCAGCGAGAAAUGCGCCGAGCUUGUUGAAAAGGCAAAGAAGAACAACGUCAAGAUCAUCCUGCCGAUGGACUACAUCACAGCCGACAAGUUUGACAAAGAUGCACAGACUGGAACGGCCACUGAUUCGGAAGGCAUACCAGAUGGCUGGAUGGGCCUUGACUGUGGUGAAGAGAGUAUCAAACUGUAUAAGCAAGCCAUCGAUGACGCCCAGACUAUCCUGUGGAACGGUCCUCCUGGUGUCUUUGAGUUUGAGAAAUUUGCCAAUGGCACCAGAAAGACCAUGGAUGCAGCAGUGGCAGCAGCUCAGAGCGGCAAGAUAGUCAUCAUUGGUGGAGGUGAUACUGCGACUGUUGCGGCCAAGUAUGGAGUCGAAGACAAGCUCAGUCAUGUGUCGACCGGUGGUGGUGCCAGCUUGGAGCUUCUUGAAGGUAAAGAUUUGCCUGGUGUGGUCGCAUUGUCCAGUAAGUAGAUCGCGGUCCUUGCAUGAUCACACGAGCACGCUUUGGUUAGGUUGAUAAUGGCCGCUUCUCGAAACCAAAUAUAUGAUGGAAACGAGAACAAACAGCCUUGAGUGUAUGAUAUUCUUUCUCUUCUGAGAUGCGCAAGCAUCGAACCGAGUGAAUUUAUUCCUUUUCUCUAGCUC